AUGUCCUGCUCUGACCUGUCCCUCGGCUCUGCCUGCGGCGUCCUGCGCCCCCAGCCCCUGGCUGACAGCGGCAACGAGCCCUGUGUGCGCCAGUGCCCCGACUCCAGCACCCUGAUCCAGCCACCCCCCGUGGUUGUCACCUUCCCUGGGCCCAUCCUCAGCUCCUUCCCUCAGGAUUCCGUCGUGGGAUCCGCUGGAGCCCCUGUUCUUGGGGGCUAUGGGGGCUAUGGGGGCUAUGGGGGUCUGUGGGGUUAUGGGGGCUAUGGGGGUUAUGGCUCCCUGGGCUAUGGGGGCUAUGGCUCCCUGGGAUAUUUGGGCUAUGGGGGCUAUGGGUCCCUGGGAUAUUUGGGCUCUGGCUCCCUGGGCUAUGGUGGUCUGUGGGGCUAUGGGGGCUAUGGGGGCUAUGGGGGUCUGUGGGGCUGUGGGGGCUCCCGGGGGCUGUGGGGCUCUGGCAGAUCCUACGGCUCCUGCAGCCCCUACUCCUGGUACGGCCGCUACGGCCGCGGCCUCUGCGGGACCUGCUGA